AUGCGACGGCUCCGCACCUUGCCAUGGCUGGCACUCCUCGGAGUGCUCAGGGUGGCUGCAGGCGACGCCUCACUCGACGAUAGCACUGCCGUGACCGAGAGCGCUACCCCGGCUUAUGCCAUCGAUGACGCAGCGUAUGGGAGUGAUGGGCUCGAGCGCUACAUCGACGAAUCGUAUUACGAACUCCAGUCCUUUUGGAGCAACUACUGCGCACAAGGUUGCGACCCAUCGUACGUCGGUGACGGGGAGUGCGAUGAGACCUGCAACAACGAAGAGUGCGACUGGGACGAGAACGACUGCUUCCACGGCUACGGUGAGUGUUACACCCUUUCCGACGGCUCGGACUACCGGGGAGAGGUCAGCACAACGGAGGACGGGGUCACGUGUCAGUACUGGUCUCGGCUCUGGCCACACACGCACGACAAGACCGUGUACAACUACCCCAAGGCUGGGCUCGGCGGCCACAAUUUCUGCCGCAACCCCGAUGGGGAGGCAAAGCCGUGGUGCUCGUCCUCCUCGUCUUGUUCUGCCGCAGGCCCGCGUCUAACUGAGGGGAGACUGCUCAGCUGA